ACGUGUAGUUAUACUAAUUAGGAACAAUGGGCGGCGGACACCACCACCACGCUCCGGCGGUGCCCGAGCCUUCGUAUGCAAAGUUCCUAGCUCCCAAGUCGGGCCUGUGCCCUCAUGAGUUCCACUACAACCGGGAGAUUUGGUAUCCGCACGGCGGCUUCUACUGUGACCCUAAGGGCUGGCGCAAGAACACGUUGCUGACUCUUGGCGCGGUCGGUGGCAUCCUGUUCCUGAUGUUCCAGUACUCGACGGCUAACGAGGUUCGCCACAUGCCGCCGAAGGGCUGGAUUCCCAGCAUGAUGUGGAACUCAAAUGUGCCCGACCCCGUGGACUUCCGGGGGCGAAAGCUGGACCGCAACGGCAACCUGCAGCACGAGUAAGCAGGCAGCUGGUGUCCACGCCUCGCCUUGGGUCGUGGUGGAGGCCACAGGGAGCAGGAGGCUUUCGUUCUAUGUAGCGGACAGAGGGAUGCACGGGCUUAAGCUUACGGUGUAGCAAAUAGGGGGUGUGCCGAGACAGCUUGGGGUGUCAUACGUGUAUGUGGUUGUAAGAGGGGUGCAGGCAGCAUAGGCGGAUCAGGAGGCGCGUUCCCAGCUUUUUCUAGCGGGGUUUCCGACAUGCGCUUUAUUGGGAGAGGUUUUGCAGAGACUUCGUGCGACUUGUAAAGGCGCAUGAAACCGA